AUGCUGAGCAAUGUUGGAAGUGGAGUGUUUUGUAACACUCUGGCAACACAUCCAUCUAUCUAUCUAUCUAUCUAUCUAUCUAUCUAUCUAUCACUAACAGUAUCUUCUCUCUCUACCAAUCAUUCUCUCUCUCACGCUCAUGACUUUCUUCCUUCUUCUUCACCUGCUUCUUAUUACUCCCUUUUCUUUUUCUCUUCUUCUCUUCAUCUCAUCACUUCCCUCUUUAGCCGCUUUCUCUUUUCUUUUUUUUUUCUCUUUCUACUUUUUCUCUUUCCACAUUCAUUUCUUAUUCUUUCUCUUUUUCUUUUCCCUUUUGUGCUUCUUUCCCAUCUAAAGUAUCCAUCUCAAGUAGCCAAACUGAGACCCGAAGAUUCAUUCUUCAGGAAGCAAUCCAUGUUAUUUCUCUUUAAAGGGGUGUUCAAGUUAUUGCCUGAUGUCUCCGAUUUAUACCAUUUCCCGGCAAUCAAUUCUUUCCAUAUUCUGGAAGUCUUCUUUUAUUCUAAUUUCUUCCCUUUUCUGGUUUUCUUCUUUGACUUCAAUCCCUUCCAUAUUCUUUCAUUUUUCUUUGAUUUCAUUAUCUUCUUCCUAAGUUCGUGCCAACUUUCAGGAAUAAUAUCUAUCGAUCUAUCUAUCUAUAGCUAUAUCUAUAUCUAUCUAUCUAUCUAUCUAUCUAUCUAUCUAUCUAUAUACUGA